UCUUCUGGCAAAUCAAACGUUCAUAGUAGACUUUUCUAACCGGUUUGAGACACAAAUACUUGUAAUUAUUCCAGCAUUUCAGCCAACAGAUUUCUGGGUUCGCUUCUCGGAAGUUACCUGUACGCGUUGUGCCGCGGAUCACUUCUGUCAGAACGCGGCUUUCAUAUUAUAAAUAUCCUUCUUGCUUCAUCACACCUAUGACCUAUUCACGAUUAAUCUUUCUACAUUGAAGUCUGCAAAAUUAAUAACAUCUUCCUUAUUCCUAAUUAUGGCGCACUAUGAUCAUCUACAAGCUCCUGGCCUUGUUAAUUCACCACCGCGGCAGGCGGCGGAGGGUUAUGUGCAUUUGAGUGCACCAUCACCAAUUGGCUAUAUCACCAAGGCUGAUACUGCUGGGUGCCCCCACCAUCAUCACCCUUUCGAAAAUAGAAGCAAGGGUAAUGACUUGUGGAAACGAUGUUUUGCUGCCUUCUGUUGCUGCUGGUUAGAUCAAUUCAGGUCGUUAAUUUUUAUAAUUUGUAUUGAUCGUCCACUAAAACAAAAAAGCAAAUGUAAUUGUGUACGUGUAGAUAUGUGAUUACUUUGAAAAGUUCAUUACAGCAUAUGCAAAAAUCUAUUAUUUACAUCCCUUAUUCCAAACAAAACAAUUGCAAACAUAUCCUACUUAUAUUUGGCCAAUUUUAUUUAUUUUUUCGAAAAGUUUCUCUCACAUAUUAUCCUUUAAAAAAUAGUUAAUUUCAUUUGCUCUUGAGAGGUAGUUAUUUUUAGAAAUUACUAAAUAUUUCUAAAUUAAAAAAUAAAAAUUCUGCCAAAAAAUAUAAAAUAACUCUUUAUAAAUGUAAAAAAAAAAAA